UUUUUCUCUCGCCAUCUCCCAUCUCCUCUAUUAGAAAUGAGGGAUUUGUCCGAGUUGCCCUGGCCCGCGCCGGUGGGUCAUCUGGAGGAGGAGCCCACCGCCAGAGAGCAAGUGCAGUUUGACGGCGCAGAUUGGGACCGCUCCUCGUCGCCCACGGAUCGGCUUCGUCCUCCGGGCCCCAGGUCCAGCCCGCUGGCAGGAGGGGGGAUGAAGUUUCGGUCGCCCCAGGAAUGCCUCACCCUGGUGGGGGAGAGAGUGGACGCCACGCUGCCUCUGGAGAAGCAGGUGUGGUACCACGGUGCACUGUCUCGCUCAGAGGCAGAGUCGCUGCUAACGCUGUGUAAAGAGUGUAGCUACCUGGUGAGGAACAGUGAGAAUAACCGCUCUGAGUAUUCCCUCUCCCUACGGAGCUGCCAGGGUUUCAUGCACAUGAAGUUCACCCGGUAUAAAGACGGCAAGUACGUGCUGGGACAGAACAGCCCUCACUUUGACACCAUCCCAGAAGUCAUCCACUUCUACACCACGCACAAACUCCCCAUCCGAGGUGCCGAGCAUCUGUCCCUGCUGUUCCCCGUGCUCGUGCAGACGCUCUGACGCUCCUCCUGGACGCCAUUGUGAUCGGACACGUACACCUUGAAUGUUUGACUGGAUCGUCCCAAGCUAGUUGGAGUUUUCGAUGAUUCAACACACUGGGGGCAAAUGCCCUCACCCACCACUGCUGUUGUACCCGUGCCAAGUGUCUCUGACAUCCGGAGGAGAUCGAUUCACAUGAAAUGCAAAACCUGAACUUUAGGCCACCUUUGCUGUAACCCCUCUCUCUCUCAUCUCUCACUGAACUGAGGGGGCCGGCUGCUGGACAUGUGAAAUCCUCCCUUUCUUUCUUACAUUUCUUACAUAGCUGACUGAAAUGCAGAGGAAGUAAACAGAGCUGGGAGAAAGUCUGUAUUUUCUGGAUGUACCGAUGGCCUAGUUUACAGGAGACCAGCAGGAGAGUUGGAUUUAAUUACUGCUGUUCAACAAAAAAACACCUCAUUGACACUGGGAAAAGAUAUUGCUGUUGUUAGGUGAAAACCUCACUAAUCGUAUUUUGCAGAUUUUUCAUGUUUAUAUGGAUCAUCACAUUGUAUAAGAUAACCCUCUUCAUACAAACACUGUUGUUAAAUGUUGGACAAUUCACAAAACAACUGCUAUUUUCAAUUAUAUAAGGUUUUUUACUAACAGCAGUUAUAUUUCAGAUGCUUUCUACACAAAGACACAAACUUCUGUUCUUCACUGUCCUGCUGCUGUAUGUUGAGAAUUAGCUUUUCUCCAUGUUACUUGUGAGCAACAGAGAAGCUGUGUUGUAUCGGUACUUGUGUUGACCUUGUUGACCUGUAUCUCUUGUUGGUUGCUUGCUAGGUUUGUUAAAGAAAAAAAAAAAAGAUCUCAAUGCUGUCUUUUUCUUUUCAUUGACUUGAGGCUCGGUAGCUAAGCUGUAGGCUAAGUCUGAAGCUAGGAGAUUAAAUCCUCUCAAAACAAACCCUAAAACUUUGAGACUGCCGCGUUCUCACACUUCCUACAUAUUCAAGCUCAGAUGUUCUCGUCUCUCCAAGUCAAUACAUGCUGCUUGGUGAGAUGUAUUUGAGUUGCGUGCCAUCUGGAAUGGGAUCCCAAGUCUGCUGCCUGGUUGCAGCAUCGUGUGGCAAAAACAGUUUUUAGAAGAGAGCCAAUUCAAACACAUUUAUGACAAUUGGAACUGAGAGAUAGACAAUUAUUCAAAUCAUCCGUUCUUUUUACAGAGUUGACUAGG